AAACCCCAGAAUUCCCCUCCCGCAAAUCCCGCCUGUUUUCUUUCCCUCCUGACUUUUAUUCUUCAUCUUAACCUUUGCCCUCUCUAGCCUCAAAAAGUCGUCAUGUCGCAGGAAAAUUUACCAACCACAGGCAGGUCCUCACCGAGCGACGACGCCAUCGUUGUGGCGCAAGGGAUAUUGGAGCCACCAGCUGAGCAGCAAGACGUAACCGCUCAGUUUCCAAAGCCCUUUGUCUGCGACGUUUGUAAGCGCAGCUAUGCAAGACUUGACCAUCUUGCGCGCCACUUCCGUUCCCAUGGGCAACAGAAGCGUUUUGCUUGCCCUCACUGCGGCAAGCAAUUCGCGAGGCCUGACAUCCUCAAACGGCAUAUAGGCAUUCAUAUCGAUGGCCAAGGGCGCCACAGAACUGCUUCCGCAAACGGGAGGACCCGUGCAGCAAGAGCUUGCACGUUUUGCGCAGAGUCAAAGCUGCGCUGCGAGGGCACGAACCCUUGCCAACGCUGCCGCGACAGAGGCCUCGAAUGUAAUUAUACUCGGCGAUUGCGGAAAAAAAGUCGCCGUGAUGCUGUAUCAGAAGGAACUGAUGUUCGUACGAUAGAAAACCCUGUCUCAGCCGAUGAGGGGGACCCUGCAUCGUCUUCUGAGGAACAAGAAGAAUACCCAGAGAAUCAUGAACCGGGGUCAUCCUCAGAUGCAGCUGACUUGUCCCAGCUAGUUGCGAAACAUCUUGUGGACACUCAUGGAGACAGUGCUGUACAACCUUUCACCCCGAAGACCUCCGACACAAGUCUAGUCAUGAAUGAUACAGAUCUGUUUGCAGAUUUUCUCAAGGACAUUAUUUACAGCGGAAAUGACGUGGGGGCAACCGAGCCUAGCCAAGCAGCCCCGUUUAACCCCAUGUCAAUGGAUAUUCUGGACUUCGGUCCCCUCCAUGGAACGUUCCCUCAGAUACGCGGAGAGAGUUCCUGGUGUUACCCUCCAAUGACAUGCCAGGAUUACUCUCAUAGCGAGUGGCCCGCCGACGGAACAAAUCGUGGCAACGUAAUUAGCAGCGAAUAUGCCUUCAGGCAAUCUCUAUGGUCGUGGACUCCAAAAGAGGGGGAUCAUUGGCGGAGCGAAACGACUGAACUGAUGCCCUGUCUUGAUGACCUAGUUUCCGAUUUUACCGCACAGAACCCCCAGACUUGCGCCAGCACACCACUGCUUGCAUCGACGAGACAUCGCCUUAUUAGCAUGAUGUUGUCUGUGUCUGGCACAGGUGACUACGAGCGUAUCAUGUCCACCUUCCCGUCUUUGACCACUCUAGACUACCUGCUGUCCAAGGAUCUCCAGCGCCGCAGCAUAGAGCUUGAUUCAUGGAUCCACAUCGCCACGUUCGAUCCCAACCUGGCAUGUCCGCAGCUAGUACUCGGCAUUAUCAUCUCGGGGGCAUUUCGCUGUAGUCAUCCCCUGCUCUGGAAACUUGGUCUAGCAAUGCUGGAGCUUCAUUUGGAACUCUGCCUCCGACUAUUCUCAAGCGACCAUCGAAAUGCGCGCCUGACCACGCCGAUCCAGAUUUUUGCUAUUACUAUCGAGGCCGGUCUGUGGAGUGGCAAUAGCAGAAGGCUGGAGCUGUGCGAGGCCUUCUGUAACAAUCUAGUCACGAUGGCUCGAAGAGGAGGUUAUUUUAGACUAGGCCCCUUCGAAGGACAACCACCACAUAUCGGCGAUAGCUUGGAUGUACUCGAGAUGAAGUGGCAAAUUUGGGCUGAUCAUGAAUCCAGGAAAAGACUUGCAAUUCACAUUCUAAAUAUCUGCACCCAGUUCUCUCUAGCCCUUGUGACGACGCCGCUUGUCAGGUACACCGAAAUGUCGGUUCCACUCCCAGCAGCGAGGUCGCUAUGGAACGCAUCCUCGGCUGAGGCUUGGCGGUCGGCAUACCUGGCCCUUGAGAACCAAAAUCUAGCAUGCUUGCCCGAGCUGCGAUCAUGCUACUCAAACUUCGCCACUCUGCUCCAUCUAGGGGACGCCCACGACGCCCCAUCCACAGGUCUUGCCAUUCUUUCCGGCCUCUGGGUGAACGUGUGGCAAUACAAGGAACGGGUCAACGCUCGUAAUACUUCUACCGAAACCCUGCGCGCAAACAGCGCUUUAAUCAUAGAGUCAUUGCAGCAAGAGGCUCGCGGGAUUCUAGAAGACUUCAAGAACGUUUAUACGCAGUUGACGGGGACCAUGGAACCUAAUCUGCUGGCACUCCACGAGCAGCAACUCAUGCACCUCUACAUAUCACUCGAGGACGUGCAGUAUCUCGGUGGCAAGGCUGGCGAGGCAGAAGCUCGUCGCGUCUUACCCUUGCUUACAGACUGGGUGAAGGGGCGUGCCUCCCGCCAGGCGGCGUGGCAUGCUGGCCAGAUCCUCCGAGUUGGCAGGCAAGACCUUGAUCCUGCACUCCGAGCGUCAAUGAUAGUGGCCGUCUACCAUGCCAGCCUGACCAUCUGGGCGUAUUUAAUCCUGUCGGAUACCCUAUCUGUGGACAUGCCGGUUACAACUAGCCAGCGACAGUUGUACCCGAAUCAGGAUCACUGCCCGAGGAGUGAGCCGUUGGCAUUAAUAGACGGCGACGACACGCCCGUGGUCCAAAGAUUUCUCCUGGUACCCGGCGCCAAGGCGGCCCUCACUGCUCCAGCUAAGGAUAUGCAGCCCAUUCUGUUGCACAUCUCGCGUGCUCCGGCAGUCAUGACGGCCAUUGCAACUUUACUUAGGGACUGUUCGGGCUUGAAGGCUAACUGGAACUGCCCUAGUCUCGUAGAUAACCUAACGCGCUUGGUGGAGCGACUGGGGCGGGCGGCUGAGAGCAUCUAUACAUCCUUUGGAGAGUGAUGCUUUAUCGUAGCCUGGGCAAAGAAUAUGGUCCUUCUAGAAUUUCAUAAUGGUUCGUAGGGCGGAAGCUGGAAUCGGGCUGAGUAUCAGGCCUGAAAGCAUGACAGAAUAAUUGGUAACAGGUUUUGUGUCUGGCGAUAGCGAUAGUAUAAUAAUGCUAGUUUUAAGAUAUUAUAAGCUUUAAGUAUAUUAAGAGAAGUUAAGUUUAAAAGUAAAAA